AUGCCAUUUCGGACACAGCCCAAAUCGUGGAGACUCGCCUGGGAAGUUCCACAAGCUGGUGAAGCCAAACAGUUCCCCCUCCCCAGUCCAUUAAACUCACAUCACAAUGGGAAAUAUGUCAGUACUGAGUCUGCACCUUCUGAAACUGCUGACACUGGAUUCAGCCCUGAAGAAUGGGCCAGAAUGCUGAAGGCUCUGGACUGGCCAACUCCAGAUCAGCCCAUCACACACAUAGCCAUGACCACAUGCCCAGCUUGCUCCACAUUCUCCAUCGUGGGACAGACAGAGAAGUACAGAGUGGGAGAUGAAUUGUAUGUCCAUAUAGUCGCAAAAGACCAUAAUAAUACCCCAAAACGAUAUGGAGGUGACUUUUUUCUGACAAAGCUUUAUUCGUCUGAGCUGAAGGCCAGCGUGGUUGGGGAAGUUUUGGAUCAUAGUAAUGGGUCCUACUCUGCACGUUUUCUUCUCCCAUGGGAGGGUGAGGCCCAAGUGGCUGUACGUCUGGUCCACUCCAGUGAAGCGGUCCAGAUCCUAAAAAAGUGUCUGAAUUCUAACUCGAUGCGCCGCUUCUAUUAUGGUUAUUUUGAAGCCCCUGGCCCUAAUGGGAAAAGAAUAGAAGAGAGAGUGACCUGUAAUGUGAAGUGGGGACAAGCUAAAAACUCAAGUACAGGAACCUGCAUUUAUCGGGACCCACGGACAGGGGACGAGUGGCAGUGUAAGAAACCCAAAAAGCUGUCCUGUGAUGCGUGGGUAUACCAUAGGGGUGGAGGAUACAAGAAUCCCCUGACUACAUUUGAAAAGAAACUCUUCAACGGGGCUCUGACAAACAAAGGCAUUAAAGGGGAUAAUCGUAUCUUGAAUGUUCUUCCCUCCAAUGUGAGAAUUGGCGCGACAGAGAAAUGCAGAGCUGGAAUGCCAACACCAAUUCCUGCAGGAUUCUAUCUGAAAGACGUCUGGACAUCUCGUGUGUGUAACAUUCAUCACUUCAAGCCUGCUGACAUGGAGAGGUGUCUGGAAAACAAAUUAAUCUAUAUGAUGGGAGAUUCCACUACGAGGCAGUGGUUUGAAUUCUUUGAAAAUAUAAUUCCAUCCCUUAAAAGAGUGAACAUACACACUGACAAGAAGGUUGGUCCUCUUUUGGCAAUUCAUAUGAAAAACAAUAUUGUACUGAACUGGAGAGCUCAUGGUCUCCCGCUGAGUUUCCCUAAGAUGGCAGUGGCUGAUCUGCACUACAUAAGCAAUGAGAUUGAUCGAAUGGCUGGUGGGAAAGGCACAAUCAUUGUUUUCGAUAUCUUUGCACAUGUCGUGUUUCACCCACUGACCUUUUACGCUCACCGAGUGUCAAGAAUACGCCAGGCUGUUAUAGCACUGCUCAAGCGGGCACCAGAGACAAAAGUGAUUAUUAAAUCUGGCAACACAAGGGAGACAAAGGAUGUAAUUGCAAAUGACUGGUACUACAUGCAACAGAACAUAAUUAUGAAAGAAGCAUUCAGAGACCUACCCGUGAUCUAUAUGGAUAUUUUUCAGAUGACUUCCUGCCACUAUGCCAAGGAAGAUGUCCAUCCAGCACCUGUUAUUGUUGCUAAUGCAAUUGAUAUCUUUCUUUCAUUUGUCUGCCCUCUGUAUGAGCUGAGAACUAGGAUUACAACCCAGCGCAAGAUCGGAGAAUGCUGUGCUCUCAUUCUCAUGGAAACCUGGCUCUUGGACAGCAGGCCAGACUCGCCGAUUCAGUUACAAAUGCACCCCGUCAACCGCGGGGACUGCAUAUCGGCGUCAGGAAAGAACAGAGGCAGUGGUGUCUUCAUCUACGUGAACAGCAGACAACUCCUCAAGCAAGCUCCCCCAUUAAGUAAAACUGUUAAAGUGUGGAAUGAAGACACUGAUCUGAUGCUUCAGGGCUGCUUUGAGAGUACAAACUGGGAUGUAUUUAGAACUGCUGCUUUGAGAGAGGACCGUACCGUUGACCUACAGGACUGUGCUUCUUGGGUAAUUGCCUAUGUUAGCACCUGCAUUGAGAUCACUGUUCCCACAAAAUGCUGCAAGAAAUAUCCCAAUCAAAGACCCUGGAUAAACUGUGAAGUUCGGUCCACUGCAUUUGUCUCAGGCAACACUGAAGACUACAAAAGGGCAAGAUAUGACCUGCGUAUGUCUAUCAAAGAGAACAAGAGACAGUACAGAUGGAAGCUGGAGGGAUAUUAUACCACCACGGACUCCCGGUGCAUGUGGCAAGGCCUGCAACACGUCACAGAUAACCAGCAGAAGGGGGCCACAAACAGCCAUGCUACACUGCCAGGCGAGCUGAAUGAGUUCUACACUCGCUUUGAGGCCCUUGACAUCGACCGACAGAGAGGGGUUAUGGCCACGGAGAGCACACGGAGCACAUUGCUCACUGUGUCAGUGGCAGAUGUGCGUAAGGCUCUGAAGAGAAUAAACCCACAGAAGGCAGUUGGCCCAGACAACAUCCCCAGGUGUGCACUCAGGGUUUGCUCAUCAGAGCUGGCUGAUGUGUUUGCAGACAUAUUCAAUCUGUUCCUUGUGCAAGCUUCCGUGGCUUCCUUUUUCAAGUCCACUACCAUUGUGUCCCUCCCAAAGACAAGUACCGUGACCUGCCUAAAUGACUAUCAUCCUGUUGCGCUUACUCCAAUUGCAAUGAAGUGUUUUGAAAGUAUAGUCAUGACUCACAUCCAGGAGACCAUUCUGGACACUUAA